AGUGAUAUCAAUCGCCUAGAAGUUAUUUGGAAAAAAAAGGAACAGAAACCUCUUCACGAUGCGACCAAUACCAUCCUGGUCCAAGACGACGGCCAAGAAGAUGAGGGUUCUUCGAAAAAAAAGAAGGAAAUAGGUGCUGCCUCAUUAUUUGGCAAAAAAGAAGAUGCUGAGAAUGGUGUCCUUAUUUCUAGUAAAGUUCAUACUGUACUAGAAAUUAAGUGA